CGAAGCGCCUCGUGGCGCGCGAAGGCCACCAGACGGAGUUGCCGUGCGACCUGCGCGACGCCCUGUCCAACGACUCGCUCGCUUUCGUGCACUGGUACCACGCCCCCGAGCGCGAGCUUCACAGUGGCUCCCCCGGUGCUGCCUCCUCGCUGGGAUACGGUUUCCGGGCAGCCAUGGCCAGCCGCGAGCCUAUCUACACGGUGGACUUCGGGCCGGACCCGGCGCUCAGCAGGGAGACAACUGCCGGAGCCGCGGGUGGGAACGGCGCCUCGGGAGGAAGCGUGGGUGGACGAGGGAAUAACUUGCUGCAGGUGAGCCGCUCCGCAGGACACGGAUGGGUGGGCCGUGCCUACUUUUCCAUCAUCGGCCACCCGGCCAGUCUCAAGGUGAACAGCGUACGCUUCGAGGACGCCGGUAUGUACACGUGCACGGCAGUGUACCGGGACGGCGCCCGCAGGAACUCGACGGUGCGGCUUCAUGUCGUCGCACCGCCUGAGCCGCCAGUGAUACGAGACGGCGAAGGCAACGAACUUCGAGGGAAGAUUGGUCCGUUCAAUGAGGGCAGCACGCUGGCGUUGGUGUGUGUCGUCUAUGGCGGAAAACCCAAGCCAACACUUGUGUGGAGCGGCAUGCCGGACGGGAUGAUGGCCGAGGUGCGCCCCUCGUCCGAAGCACAGCUCACCACGUCGACGCUUCUCAUCCACUCGCUGAGGAGGGAGGACCUGCGUUCGACGCUCUACUGCACAGCGUUCAACAACAUAUCGUCGCCAGCCGACACAUCCGUCACGCUGGACCUCAACCUGCGUCCCACAUCGGUGAAGAUCAGGCGCACCGAGAUCCCAAUCUCGGCAGGCCUGCCAGCCGAGAUUGCCUGUGAAGUGUGGGGCUCUAGGCCCCCGCCUGUGGUCACCUGGUGGAAGGGUCUGAGUGAGCUCAAUCACACAUUCGUCUACCUGUCGACGGACGGCAAUAUGACCACGAGCGUGGUGUCUUUUACCCCUUCGAGAGACGAUCAUGGCUCCAGCCUCGCCUGCCGCGCCAAGAACCCGGCCAUGACGGAGAGCGUGGAGGAGGACACGUGGACCAUGGAUAUCCAGUACAAACCGAAGAUCUCGCUCCAGCUGGGCACCAAGCUAAGCCUGGACAACAUCCAGGAGAACAACGACGUGUACCUGGAGUGUCGCGUGGAUGCCAAUCCUCCGGUGGAAGAAGUGGCCUGGCAGUUCAACGCGCAAGAGUUGCAGGCCUCGGAGAACGUGCUCGUCUCCAAGAACUUCCUGGUCAUCCAGCGAGUGCAGACCCAUCACUCGGGCCUCUACUCCUGCAGCGCUGCGAAUGCCGAAGGUCGAACGCAGGGCGAGACGCUCCAGCUGCGCGUUCAGCACGCCCCCUUGUGCAAGGCCAACCAGCACGUAGUGUAUGCCGCGUCACGGCACCAGGAGGUCGAGGUGCACUGCGAGGUCGAGGCAGACCCGAGUAAUGUGACGUUCGAGUGGCGCUUCAACAGCACGCUCCAACAGCGGCCCCUCAAGAGCUUCUGGGCGGAGGGCACGCACAGCGUCGCCCGAUACAUCCCUCACAGCCACACCGAGUACGGGACCCUGCUUUGCAUGGCGUUCAACCGCAUUGGAAAGCAGCGACAGCCGUGCGUCUUUCAUGUCGUCCAAGCAGGUCCUCCGGGGCCCGUAGAGAACUGCUCCAUCACAAACCAGACCGAGGGAUCACUACACCUUGAGUGCCAGGCGGGCUCGGACGGACACCUGCCGGCACACUUCGUGCUCUCCGUGCAUGAUGUGCUGACAGCCACUGUGUCUGCUAACUUCACUGCCGAUAAACCAGACUUUUGGGUUCAUGACCUCCUUCCUGGCGUAGAGUAUUUCCUGGUUGUAUCAGCUGUGAAUGAGCGCGGCCGCAGCCCCGAGCUCACCAUUCUGCCACCUAUCAUGCCUCUAGUAGGGAAGCUCACGAAGUCGGGCAGCGCGGCGAAAAUCUACUCGAACGUCUUGCUCCUCGCGGUGGUCGUGGGUGUGGCCCUACUCUGCCUGUUGCCACUCAUCGUGCUCGCGGUGGUGAAGCUGAGAAGAAGUGAUUACUUCAACAAGAGUCGAACGGCCAAGAAAGACGCUACGGAGACAGACGCUUGCCCAUCCACAACGACCGCAAGUACGCAAGAGGCCAUGCAGCUGCAAAUUUCGUCCGUUUACCCAAAGGAAGACAACCAAGUCUGGAUCGUCAAGAAGAGCACUGGCCUAUGAGCAAGGGACGUACUGCAGCCGCGCUGUCCCCAGCCCGCAAAGUGACGCAAUAGAACACCAGCAGGAGGGAGGCACACCAGAGUGCCACAUCUCGCCUGAUUGUUCGCUUUCAUUGACACUCUUUUAUCUCUGCAUAAGAAGAAAUCACCACCUGUAAAGUCUGUGUCUCCAAAAAUUAAAUGAAGAAGCUCCAAGCUACCGGCUGCGCUCAUCGAAUCAUUCGCCUGAGCAGGCUUCUGUUCUUGGUUAUUUCAUUUUUAGUAUUCUUUUAUCGAGCUGUGCGACAGACAUGAACAUUAGACCGCGUUACGGACGUGCCAACGACGUGUUAUGGACGGCCUGAACGGCGUGAGUGAUGGCUUACGACCAGUAAAAGUGGACAUGUUGGAUAGCUGCUGCUACGGUGUUUGGUCACUCUACACGCUCUUCUUUAUUUGGAUCUUCCUUCCCGUGUGUCCUUUUCUGUAAUGAACUGAAUUAACAAGUGGAAACGGUGCCCUGCCAACGACGCGCGGCCCCUGCUCAAGUGUGUGUGUGUGUGCCGCCAGAAAACUGGAAAAAAAUGGGGAGUGCUGCAAAGAUUCGCCUACGAGUGAUGUUUCAGACGCGGUACCUUGUGCAUUCCCAUGUCGUCGGAAGUAGAUGUGCUCGUCCUUGAAAAUUCAGAGACUCGGACACGCGGAAGCUUUCCUGCUGAACAACUCACAAUUUGUUCGUGCAUACCUGUGUCAUCAAUCACAAGUGACACGGACAGAGCGAUACUCAUAGAGACUUGCAGCGUGUCGUACAAGCUUGCAUUGUCAUACCAUGGAGCAGAAGAAAGAAUAAACCAUUCAUCAUGUGCGCGGCUCACUGAAAAAUGUGUCGUGUACACAAACUAUGAUGGAAGAGUCUGAAGCGAGCAAGCGAAGAAAAAAGCGUAAUCGCAAGAUUUGGAGCACAAAGGCACAAUAUUAUUGAAGCCGUCAAAAGCGGUACAGUCAACUGAAAGGAAACGUCUGCCACGAACAACAAAGGUCGUCGCCUGUGUCGUAUGGCUCAUCUUCGACGCUUAAAAAAUUGUCCGGGAGAUGUUAUUUUUAUAUGCCAGCGGUCUGUGCCCUCGCCAACAUACUAACGUCUGUGAAGCUCGCCAGACUAUUUUGCCUGAUCACAGCAGGCGACUAAAUUUCCAUGUGCCCCUUCUUUCCUCUCCAGUGUGCAGACAAGUGUGUUGAUAUUUGCCGUUGAAACUUGGACAAUGCCAUCACUGUCAUCACCACGUUAUAGUUAUCGUUACAUGAGCGCGCUUAUCGUUA